GGGCCGUGCUGAUUGCCGGGCCAUAACAUAAGUGAACUUCGGACUGCAAGCACACGCGGCUGCAUUUCGUGAAAAAAAUAAAACAUUUUCAACUACAAAACCAGUCCUGCGGUUUGUUCUCGCGCCUUGUUUCAAAAACGAAUAAUAAAGACGAUAUCCCGUCGCAACAUUGUUAUGAAAAUAAACCUAGUUUGGUAUGGACGAAGCUUUAAUAAUUAGGAAAUAUUAAAGUUGGCGUGUUUAUAAUGAGUAAAUAAUAAGAAGUGAUAGUUGUGUGACUUGUGUGCUAGAAAAGUAUCAAAUCAAUCUCGUGUCCAAUUUUAACAGACUCUUGUAACUCAUAAUGGCGAGACACAGGAUAGUUUUCUUGGUGUUAUUUGUGAAUCUUGUUAGCUGUAACAAUAACAACACUAGCAUUCCCACGCCGUCUGUAUACGAGCCAUCGUGGACGUAUAAAUGCGUGCCAGACGAAGGUUGUCAACGGUCGCAGUCACCUGAGCCGACGCUGAGUAACGUAACUGGAACAGUGUAUGAAAGCUUGGACCUCUGUCGCACCGUUUGUGGCAGGUUUGGCGGAAUAUGGCCGAAGCCUGGUACCGCCGCGUUAAGUAUGCAGACGGUCAAAAUACACCCUAAUUAUUUGAGGUUCGAUUUAAUUGAUGCUCCCGUUGAGACGAGGGAACUAUUGGCUAAAAUGACUCAAGUGGCAACAGCAAAUUUAAUAGAUGAAUGUAAUGGAAAUGUUACUGAAGUAGUUACUACACCGGUUGUUGUUUACAUCACUAUUAAAACAUCUAAUCUAGAACUUUCUUGGCAGACAGACGAGAAAUAUAUGCUGGAUGUUCAAUCGAAAGAUGCAAACAUAGCCGUCCAUAUAUCUGCUGAAACAGUAUAUGGAGCUCGACAUGCUUUAGAAACUUUUACCCAACUAGUCACAUCAGACAAACCAGACUAUACUGAUACAUACAAAUGCGCUCUCAGACUUGUAUCUGGCGCUAAAAUCCGGGACAAACCAGUUUAUCCCCAUCGAGGAUUCCUUCUGGAUACUUCUAGAAACUUCAUACCGUUAGAAGAUAUAAAGAGAAUGAUCGAUGCGAUGGCAACGACGAAGAUGAACGUGUUCCAUUGGCACGUUACGGAUUCUCAUAGCUUCCCGUUGGAAUCAGCUCGGGUGCCGCAAUUUACGAGAUACGGCGCCUACUCAGCAUAUGAGAUAUACUCAACGGAGGAGGUGCGAGAGCUGAUCAGUUACGCCCAAAUCCGAGGAGUUAGAGUCGUCAUUGAAAUCGAUUCGCCAGCACAUGCUGGAAACGGCUGGCAAUGGGGGAAGGAAUACGGCUUUGGCGAUCUCGCAGUAUGCGUGAACGCAAAGGCGUGGCGGUCUCUCUGCAUCCAACCGCCGUGUGGCCAGCUCAACCCAGCCAACCCCAAGAUGUAUCAGGUGUUGAGAGACCUCUACAAGGAUAUCGCUGAAACUCUGCCUAAACCUGCUCUGUUCCAUAUGGGAGGAGAUGAGGUUUUCCUCGAAUGCUGGAACUCCACAGAAGAAAUCGUGACGUACAUGAAAAGCAAAGGAUACGAAAGAAACGUGGAAGGUUUCAUGAAGCUAUGGGCUGAGUUCCAUUCCACCGCGCUGGGUAUUUGGGAUGAGGAGAUUGCUGCUCUUGGUGGAAGUCAGCAGCCAGUGAUGCUGUGGUCCUCGGAACUGACGCAGGCUCAUAGGAUACAGAGAUAUUUGAGUAAAGACAGAUAUGUAAUAGAAGUAUGGGAACCAGUAUCCAGCUCACUAAUGUCCCAACUACUCAACCUGGGCUACCGGGUGGUAUCAGUGCCAAAGGAUAUCUGGUAUUUGGACCAUGGCUUCUGGGGUAACACCAAGUACUCCAAUUGGAGGAAAAUGUACUCCCAUGUACUGCCAGUGGAGGCUCAUGUCCUGGGGGGAGAAGUCGCUAUGUGGAGCGAGUAUGUGGACUCGCAGGCUUUGGAUACUCGGGUUUGGCCUCGUACAGCAGCUGUCGCAGAGAGAUUAUGGUCUAACCCUAGCUCAAGCGCUAGUGCCGCUGAACCUAGGUUACAAAGACUAAGGUCUAGAUUAGCCGCCAGGGGAAUCCCCUCUGAUGUACUAUCACCAGCUUGGUGUUCACAACAUGACGCUAGAUGCCUUUAAAUAUAUACAAAUUGUAUAUAUUUUUGUCUGUGUCCUAAUUACUUAAGUAAACGAAAAUGCGAUGAAUUUAUUAUCGAAAGGGACCAAUGAAUAGAAGUAAUUUAAUGCAACAAUUGAAUGCAUUCCAAAAUAUUGUUACUUUGUU